AUGGGAAUAAACAAGAAAAAAAUUCCUGAAGCCCAAGCGGAUUUUUCCGAAAAGGUGUUGUACACGUCCAACACUUUUCCAACAAAAUCACCAAGCUCACAUUUUGGAGAAAAGUGGGACAGUGAAGUCCAGACGAAAUCGUUUGGAAAUAAGGACGAAACUGAAGUAAUUGAAUACAUUUUAGAAGACAAGCUGCGCGUAGAGGAAAUUACUUUUGAGGAGCAAGGCACAUCUAACGAUGUGAACAAUAAAAUGUCUCCUUUGGAAAUUGAGGAGAAUGCAAAAGUUGAAAUAAAAUAUCUUGCAAAAAGAGAUGUUGAAGUUGAUAAAGGAAAUGUUUCAAACGAUGGUCCAGAGGGGGAAGAGGAAAAUGCAGGCGAAUCGAAUGAGGAAUCGAUAAAUGUAACUAUUGGUGAAGACGAACAAAAACUUUUGCAUGAUAAGGCACCUGAUAAAAAGGAAAAAUGCACCGAUGCAGAAGGUGAUACUACCGGCAAGAAUUCAGCGCAAAAGAGUACAAAAACGGUUGCAGCUUUGGAUGACACAAGAACAUCCAAGAGUGGAUCCAGCAGCAGCAAAUGCAGCAAGUCUGAUGACGAUAAAUCAAAGAGAAAAGAUAAAAAGUCCGGCGACAAAAAGGAUAAAGACAUUAGUGAACAAAAAUCAUCUUCAAACAAGUUUUCGCAGAAGGAUGACAAAGAAACGUCUUCAGUGAAUAUCUCUACAAAAUCGUCGUCCACAAGAAAGCAGACAACACCUUCACGUAAUCUUUGGAUAUCCGGGUUAUCUUCAUUAACGAGAACCAGAGAUCUAAAAACUAUAUUUUCUAAAUAUGGAAAAGUUAUCGGAGCCAAGGUGGUCACCAACACCCGAACUCCGGGUACACGUUGUUAUGACUACGUAACAAUGCUAUCAUCGUCGAAUGCCAGUCGUUGCAUUGAGAAUUUGCAUCAUACCGAACUCCAUGGACGGAUAAUAUCAGUAGAGCUCACUAAAAACGAAAUCAGCAACUCAACAAAUGUCGCCAAAACACGAGUGGAUAAAACAAAAAUAGAUCCAGUUGGAAAAGCGGAUGUAGUAACAGCCAUUUGGGAGUUACUAAUACCAUGGCAGCUUACGUUAAAACAAACGGACAAGCUAAAAACCAAAAGACGACAACGAAGAGCAGAGAAAGCUACGAGAAGGCAUUGA